AGUGUACAAUUGAGCAUUUAAGAAGGGUGCAGUUCGUGCGGUCAUCUGCUGAACGUUAAAACAUGAGAUUACUUGUUGAGUAAUUAACUCCAAGCAGGCGUUAGUUCUCGGCACAAGUACUUUGUAAAACAUGUUACGAAUCUCAGUUGUGAUACUAUUGACCAGUUUGGCCAGAAAUGUUUUAGGUGCGUCAUGUGGUAGACGUGUCUGCUACUACACCAACUGGGCGCAGUACAGGGCAGAUCCUGGAAAGUUCAUGCCAGAAAAUAUUGACCCUUACCUGUGUACUCACAUCAUCUACUCCUUCGCCAAACUGAGCGGCAACCACCUGGCGGCCUUCGAGUGGAACGAUGAGGACCAAGUCUGGUCUAAAGGACUAUAUUCAAGAUUUAAUGACCUAAAAAAAGUCAACACUCAGCUGAAAACAAUGCUAGCAGUAGGCGGAGACACCAUGGGUACAUACUCAUUUUCUUUGAUGGUUGCCUCUGCGGCGACGCGCCAGGAUUUUAUUCAGACCAGCAUCAAGUUCCUGCGAGACCGCAAUUUUGACGGCCUUGACCUCGAUUGGGAGUACCCGGCCCUUCGAGGCAGCCCACCAGAAGAUAAGCACAGAUUCACCCAACUCGUUCAAGAACUUGCUUCGGCAUUUCGACAAGAGAGUCAGCUGUCUGGUAGAUCACGCCUGCUGCUGUCGGCUGCUGUGUCGGUGGGAAAAGAAACAAUUGACGCUGCCUAUGAGAUUAGCGACAUCAGCAUUCACUUGGAUUUUAUCAAUCUGAUGUCCUAUGAUCUCCAUGGAAACUGGCAUCCCUACACAGGACAUAAUAGCCCACUUUACCAACGUAUAUCAGAAAUUGGGGAAAAUGCUACUUUGAAUGUGAACUAUGGUGCCAACUACUGGGUCUCAAAAGGAGCUCCCAAAGAGAAAAUCAACAUUGGCUUAGCUACAUACGGCCGCACUUUUACCUUGAAAGAUUCAAAUAAACAAGACGUUGGUGACGCCGCCACUGGCCCUGGUCCAAUGGGAAAGUUUACACUAGCGCCUGGUAUCCUAGCUUACUAUGAGGUAUGUGAGUACUUGAAAAGCGGUGCCACCGUGAGCCUGAUCAAAGAUCAACAAGUUCCUUACCUGGUGAAAGGAAAUGUCUGGGUUGGUUACGACAAUGCUCAAAGUUUAAGAAACAAGGUCAGAUAUAUCAAAGACAAUGGCUUUGGUGGUACUAUGGUAUGGGCGCUAGAUAUGGACGACUUCCGGGGAACUUUUUGCGGCGAAGGAGCUUACCCCCUACUCUACGCCAUAAGUGACGAGUGCAGCAGAUUGACGUCAGGUUCUUUGACGUCUCUAGCCAACACCACUGCAACUACCACGCGCAGUACUUCAACUACAGCAACGACAACAACCACAACAGCCAAAGUAACAACCACUCUUGGCAUCAGUUCAACUUUAAAGAAAACGAGAAAAAACGGCUGGUCUCUUGGACCGACGAUGAAACAGUCAAGUGUAACGUCUGUGUCUCAGGACUCUUGGACCGACGAUGAAAGAAAACAAAAAGAAUCUCAGUAUAUAAAAAGAACAGCUACAUACAGGUGCUACAUACAGGUGCUACAUGUAGGUGCUACAUGCAGGUGCUACAUGCUGGUGCUACAAGCAGGUGCUACAUACAGGUGCUACAUACAGGUGCUACAUGCAGGUGCUACAUACAGGUGCUACAUACAAGUGUUGCAUGCAGGUGCUACAUACAUGUGCUGCAUGCAGGUGCUACAUACAGGUGCUACAUGCUGGUGCUAUAUACAGGUGCUAGAUGCAUUUGCAACAUACAGGCACUACAUGCAGGUGCUCCAUUUCGAGCACAAUUCAUAUAGGAUAUUUCGCAUAGUGAUUUGCUAUCAAAUAAAUUUUAUAACAUAUUUAAUUAUGUUUAAAUUUUUGGCGGUGAUUUUCUUUGCUUGUAUGGCAAAUGGCGUUUUCGGUGCCUCGUGUCGACGUCGUGUCUGCUACCACACCAACUGGUCCCAGUACAGACCAGAGCCUGGAAAGUUCAUGCCAGAGAAUAUUGACCCUCAUCUGUGUACUCACAUCAUCUACUCCUUCGCCAAACUGAGCAGCAACCACCUGGCGGCCUUCGAGUGGAACGAUGAGGACCAGGACUGGGCCAAGGGACUGUAUUCUAAAUUCACUGACUUGAAGAAAGUCAACACGCAGCUGAAGACAAUGAUUGCUGUUGGUGGUUUCAACCUGGGCUCCGCUCCAUUUUCCCAAAUGGUGGCCACUGCUGCAACGCGCCAGGACUUCAUUCAGACCAGUAUCAAGUUCCUGAGAGACCAUAACUUUGACGGCCUUGACCUUGAUUGGGAGUACCCAGCACUGCGUGGCAGUCCCCCAGAAGACAAACACAAAUUCACCCAGCUAGUCCAGGAACUUGCCGCAGCCUUCCAACAAGAGAGUCAGUCCAGUGGUAAACCUCGUCUGCUUUUGUCUGCAGCUGUGGCGGCUGGUAAACCUAACAUCGACGCUGCCUAUGAAAUCCCUGAAGUUAGCAGUCAUUUGGACUUCAUCAACCUCAUGUCAUACGACUUCCAUGGAAGCUGGGAUCCUUACACCGGACAUAACAGUCCACUGUAUGGUCAUGCAGGUGAAACUGGAGAAAAUGUCAAUUAUAAUAUUGACUUUGCUGCCAAGUACUGGGCUUCCAAAGGAGCUCCUAAAGACAAAAUCAACAUUGGUUUGGCCACCUAUGGAAGAACCUUCACCCUGAGUGAUCCAAAUAAACACGAACCUGGAGAUGCUGCCCCUAGCCCUGGUCCAGCUGGACAGUUCACCAGAGAGGCUGGCUUUAUGGCUUACUAUGAGAUCUGCGAGCUGAUCAAGAGCGGAGCCUCAGUUCAUCAAAUCAACGAUCAACAAGUUCCCUAUCUAGUCAAAGGAAAUGUCUGGGUUGGUUACGACAACCCCCAGAGUUUGAGGAACAAGGUGAAAUACAUCAAAGACAAUGGCUUCGGUGGUAGCAUGAUCUGGGCGCUUGAUUUAGAUGAUUUCCACGGCACUUCUUGCGGCCAGGGAGCUUACCCCCUGGUCCACGCCAUAAGUGAUGAAUGUGGAUCAGCACCCUCAGGACCUAGUGUGACAUUAGCUCCAGUUGUCACAUCUAGACCAGUGGACACACACACCCAGGCCCCAGCUCACACACAAGGACCAGUUGUCACACAUACUGAUCAGCCAAUACAAAGUGGAGGAAAUUUGGCCACCAUCUGCAAGGACCAGAACUUGAGUGACGGCAUACACGAAGCACCUGGGAACUGCCAAGAGUUCAUUGAGUGUGCUGGUGGGCAGACUUUCAUCAUGCAGUGUGGGUCUGGAACUGUCUUCAACAAGGUCACCAAGAAUUGCGACUUCCCUGCUAGAGUCGCCGGUUGUUGAUAAUAAUUAUAAUUUCGUCGAAUAAAAAUGUAUACAACUUA